AUGAAAAGUGCUCUAAUUUCUGAAGAUAAGCGUGCUAUCGAGCUAUGUAUUGAUAUUACUGGUGAUACUAGUAUUCAAAAAGCAGUUGAACAAUUAGAACAAAGAUUGCAUGGAAACGAUCUAAAUUGUUUAAUUAAUAAUGUAGGCAUGACAACAGAAUUAAGAUUUUCGAAUAUUUAUGAAAAAGAUAUGAUGGAAACAUAUCGACAAAAUGUUAUUGGACCAUAG